AUGGCCUCCCCAGACGCCGAGGAUGCAUCUCCCUCGCCCGAGUACAGGAGUGACCUGGACGACGACAUGGCUGCCGAACAGAAGACCGACGACGGCUCCCCCUCUCAAAAGAGCUCCAACGGCCAGAAGCCCGCCUCCAAUGCAAAGGAUCCCUUGAGGCCACGCAGGAAGAAGGCGCGCCGAGCAUGCUUUGCCUGCCAGCGCGCCCAUCUGACUUGUGGCGAUGAAAGGCCAUGUACUCGUUGCAUCAAGCGCGGCCUCCAGGAUCAUUGUAUGGACGGUGUGCGCAAGAAGGCAAAGUACCUUCACGAUGCGCCAGAUGGCGCUCUGAUGCCCGGAGUGGGCGGACACUAUCCGUACAUGAACGGCAACCGUCCAACACCACUCCCAAGCCAGGACACGCAUAAUGUCCCCAUGGCGCCACAAGGCAACAUGUACACGCAAGCUCCCUCAGGAACCUUCUACCAACCGCCUUCGGCACAGAUACCCUUACCACAAGCUCAACACGGCCGGUCUUUUAGCGACCAGCAAUCCCCUCUCUCGCCACCUUUCAGCCAAGCGCACCACGGGCCCAAUGUCAACCCGCCGAGCUCAAUCUCGCAAGGUCAACCCGGCCAGAUGCAGCAGUUUGGACCUCUCUUCGAUCCGAGCGACCCCGCUCUCUUCAACUUCGACAUCUCCAGCCUCAACUUUGGAAACCACUAUGGCGCACUGGAAUUCGGCAUGCUGGGGCACAUGUCCUCGGCGGUCGAUGCGCCCAACGACAACACCAUGAUGAACGCAAUGAACCAGACCGCGAAUAUGUAUGGGCCCCAGAUGGCUGGUGCGUACGGCCCAAACAACCCUAAUGCUGCAAUGCCGUUUGCACAGAAUAGCUUGCCUGCAGGCGAAUGGCAGGAGUCGCAAUCACGACAGAACAGCAUGCACAUCCAUACUCCCACCAGUUCAGCCACAGCACUUGACCACGGCGGGCACCGCCAUGACAGCCUCAACGGCCCGCAUGCUUUUGCAAUUGGACAAGGCCCCUCCAGUCACUCCACAGCCAGUCCAGCCUCCACCGAUGCAUCUGCGUUCGAGAACGAUAAUCCAUUAUCGACGGCAACCUUCUUUGCCAACACCAACCGUGGCCAGCCCCAACGUUCACCUACUACCAACCGACACCACCAAGGUAACAGGCCGCCAAGUACAGCACUCCAGCCGAUCCACUCCAAUGGAGUUCGCAAACGCCACCGUGAUACGAAAAGCAUUUAUCAAGGCAUCAAGAAGCCGUUCGACUAUGUCAAGGGCUACCAUAGGCUGUUCCAAAUAUGCCACAAGAAAUUUUCGAAAAGCCUGCUUGCACAAGCACAGCAGUAUUUGAACUUGUACCGCCCAGUCUUGCUUUCAGUGCGCGAAGAGAUGGACACGGACGACUUGAUUCACCAAGAGAUGGGUCUGCAACGUAAUCUGAUGACACUCCAGGAUCACUUUACGGAAGUAGGCACUCCAUUCUUGAUCUGCAGGCGAUCAGGAGAGAUUGUCAGCUGCAACAAAGAGUUCACCAUACUCACAGGCUGGCGGCAGGAUGUUCUGCUGGGAAGGGAGCCGAAUCUCAAUGUCAACCUGGGCAACAGCCGGGAAGCAGAUGAAAGCGAGAUGUCUACGCAAACCAAUACCACACCCAACCUCACGGGUCAGGAGGCCGAGACGGGGACGCCAGCUGUCAACGCCAUCCAGCUCAUGGACGCCAAGUCGGCACUCGAAUAUCUGCAAAACUUUUCCGAGCUGUGCUGGCAGGAUCCUCACGGCCAUGCAAAACAGCGCGCCAACAUGCUGCGCUAUCAGACCAAGGCAGAUUUUGAUCGCAUCCAGGAAAUGAAGGCCAACGCCGAUCACAAGUCGGACGCGUUUGUGAAAAUGGAAGGUGGGGCCGUGCAUCAAGGUGAAUCGGCCAUGCAGCGGCUCGGCGCGAAAAACGGUAUGGUGGACUGCAUGAUUUGGUGGCAUAUCAAGCGCGACAUCUUUGAGAUGCCCGUUUUGGUUUGCAUGUCGGUUAUGCCGGUGCUAGACAAGGGUUUGCAAUGA